CAGCAGUCCAGUUAGUUCCUCUCCUCACUCUGAUGCAGCCAGCGCUCCCACAGUCGUGUAGAAACCAACUGUCAUGAAAGAGAAAGUGCUACGUACUCCGAAUGGCUGCCACCCAAGUCCUUCAGGGGAGAAGCGGAUCAUCCAGUGCUUCAGAUGUGGGGAGCCAUGCAAGGGAGAGGUGCUGCGAGUCCAGAGCAGCCAUUUCCACAUUAAGUGCUUUACCUGCAAGGUGUGUGGCUGUGACUUGGCUCAGAGUGGCUUCUUCAUGAAGAAUGGCGACUACCUCUGCCCACUGGACUUCCAGAGGCUUCACGGCACGCUCUGCAACAACUGUGGCGAAUUUGUGGAGGGAGAGGUGGUAACAGUCCUGGGGAAGACCUACCACCCAGCCUGCUUUGUGUGCACCCUUUGCAAACAGGCCUUUCCUGCUGGGGACUGUGUCACCUUCAGUGGAAAAGACUGCCUCUGUCAGCGCUGUAUUCGACCUGUGUCUCCUACUCCUAACGACAUCAGAUAUCCUAGUAACUGCUCUGGCUGUGGUAGAGACAUCAAGAAUGGCCAGGCUCUGUUAGCCCUGGGUGGCCAGUGGCACCUUGGCUGCUUCAAGUGUAAAGCCUGCAGGAGAGUGCUGAGCGGAGAAUAUAUCAGCAAGGAUGGCGUUCCCUACUGUGAGAGGGACUACCAGAUUCAGUUUGGGGUACAAUGUGAAGCAUGUCAGAAGUUUAUCACUGGAAAAGUUCUCGAGGCUGGGAACAAACAUUAUCAUCCCACCUGUGCAAGAUGCAGCCGAUGUGACGAAAUGUUCAAAGAAGGUGAAGAAAUGUAUCUGCAAGGAUCCACAGUUUGGCACCCAGACUGCAGAGACAGCAGCAGAACUGAGGACAGUUACAGGGUCGGCAGACCAAAAACACCUUGUCUUGAUUUCUUUUUCCCCCCACAUGAACUGAAGGUUAAUACUGUGACCGGGCUUGCCUUUUGCACUGGUGAUUUUUCUAGACCCACUAGAUCCUCAUCUGAAAGCUCCUGUUCCAGACCGGGCUCAUGCACUCCAGGGAGUCCUGGUCGAACUAUCUGCGCAAAAGUAGAUAAUGAGAUCAUUGAUUACCGAGACUUAGCGGCAAUUCCCAGAGUCAAGGCUAUAUAUGAUAUAGAGCAUCCUGAUAUGAUAUCUUAUAAGUCUGUGAAUGGCAACUCUUCUACUUUGGACAACAAAGGCAACAGACAGGACAGGCAAAGCCCUGCAGAGUCACCAGGGAAUGUAGUUGACACCACAGAGGAGAGUUUUGAAAUGAGAAAGUGUGUACCGAAAUCCAGAAGCCACGGCGUUCAUUUGACGUACAAUCGCCAUAGCUACACUCCAACUCUGUCCAGAUCACCACAACACUUCCACCGGCCAGGGUUGACGCCUUCUCCCUCUUUAUUCUCUGGCAACAAUGACACCUGCCCCACUUCACCUUUAAGUCACCACUUUCUCUCUCACACCAAAGAUGAAGGUUUCAACAUGUACAAGAGGCCUCCGAUUUAUAAACAGCAAGAUCCAAAUUCCUCCACAUCCCAAACAUCCUCUUUGCCUGGAUAUGGUCGCAAUGGCCUCAAUCCGCCGCGGUCAGCUGAUUUCUCUCAUUACAAUGGUGACAGAUUCAGUGACUUUAAGGUCUACCCAUAUGAAAUGCUUACAGUUGCUAAUAGAGGACGAGUGAAGCUUCCCAAGGAUGUUGACAGAACGAGACUCGAGCGUCACCUCUCCCCGGACUCAUUCUUUCAGAUCUUUGACAUGAAUAUACAAGAAUUUGACAGACUUCCACUGUGGAAACGUAAUGACAUGAAGAGGAAGGCAAAUCUCUUCUAAACGCUGCCUAAUGUUUUAACUUAUUAUUAAUAUGCAGCACAUGUCAUGUUCCGAUUAUCCCUUAUGUUUAUUUCUCUGCAUUUGACACAAAAAAACUGGAUAAAUUGCGUCUUGUAGGGGACACAAUAUUGUGUUUCCCACUAAGUUUCUUUAGGGUAUUGUAAUGAAUAAUGUUUAAAUUUAUAAUACCUCAAAGCAGAUAUGAACAUGAGAACUCAAAUUACCUAUAUUCUUGGCUUCAGUAAUAGACAUUAUUAUUUUGUCUUUCCUAAGUCAGCUCUGUCUCCCCCUGGGAUUGCGAUCAUAUUGGACUAUUCAGCUUUGCACAAUUUAUGUCCAUUCAUUGUAAAUGCAUUUUUAUGGAACACCAAAAAUUGAAAAGUAUAGAAAAAGUAACAUGUUCAUCUUUGAUGCCAGACAACAGGUUGAUUGAUGAAGAACUUUGCGACAUUUACCAGUAAAGUCAACCUUUCCAUUAAUGAUUUAUCGGAAGGCCAAUUAUCUAGCUUUUUGAGAUAAUCGACAUCGGCCGAUGUCUGUGCUCAUAAGGAUGAUAAACAAAAAAUGUCUUCAGACAUAUCUGUUGCUCUAUUGUCAGUGUGGCUGCUGUGGGACAAUGUUAGGGCUCCCUUUUGUGAGUUUUGGGAAGGUGGUGAAAAAGUUGGCUUGUACUAUAAUUGUCAUGCAUCCUACUGUAAACAUAUGCCUGAAUUAUCUUAUAGCAUAGAAUAAUACUUUUCUUUGUUUUGAUAUCAGCAUUAUAUAUCAGCCAUCAGCAGCCUUGCUCUCUAAAUAUCAGCAUCGGUCAAUGAAAAAGCCAUAUCGGACGACCACUACUUUCCAUUACUUAACCCCCUACCCUAAGCUCAACCCUGAUCAUCUUAGUUUGCAAAGCUUUUAAAAAUGUUCUGCUGUUGUGCUUUCACUCUACUCAUGAGAGUAUAUAUACAUAUAUGUACACACUGUACACACUACAUACUACAAGAUGCAUAAGGAUACACGUUAGGGGUACAGCAAGAACUGGAUGCAUUUCGCCCAUGUUGUUAUUGUUACUAUGAUAUUAUAUUUUUGUUACUCAGUGGCACUUUGUUGUCUCCUGGUUACACAAAUAUUUUAGCACAAAACUGAAGAGAUUGAAGAUUUUUGAGAACUGUAUUUUUAUGUCACUAAAUAAUCACUGAAAUGUGCUUUAUUAGACCGUUAAAGGAAUAAUUAAGAUGAUUUGACACUUGUUUUUCUAUGUUUUCCCCUGACUAGCUAUGAUAAACAUUGUAUAUGUUAUCCUCAUACUGCUGUCCCAACACACCACCUCAAGCGCUCUGAAUAAAAUCUUGCACUUCAUA